UGCUAGACGGCGCCUCCUUCUCUCCUGAUUCGAUAUAGCAGGUUAUCACUCCCUGGAGGAUUCUCGGGAUGCUACCGAAUAUAAUCUCAUAAUACUGUGCCGUUUUCUCUGCUGCUAAAGACGGAACACUGAAGACGGCCGGGGGCUUCACCUGAAAAUGUGGCGUAGCACCGGUUGCUAUCAUCCUCUUCAGGCAACUGUAAUGGCCGGUGCAAGGAUGAUAUAUGUGUUUGUGGUGAUCGUGGUGGUCCUUUCCGUGAGGACAGCGUCACAAGUUCGCCCUGAGGUGGACCCCUACAAGAUCUUAGGGGUGACCCCGAGUGCAAGUCAAGCAGAGAUCAAGAAAGUCUACAAGCGUCUCGCGAAAGAAUGGCACCCUGACAAAAACAAAGAUCCUGGUGCAGAAGAGAUGUUCAUCAGGAUCACCAAGUCUUACGAGAUACUGUCCAAUGAAGAAAAACGUGCCAAUUAUGACCGCUAUGGUCAGACGGAUGACACGCAGCCUUAUGGCCGUGGUCACUAUGGCCAUCGCCAUAGUAGCUUUGACUUUGAAGAGUCUUUCUUCAACUUCCCUUUCAAUGCCAAGAACCAACGGGACUUUGCUGACAACAAAUACACCUUGCACUAUAGCCAGUACGUCAACGACGUGGUGCCGGACAGCUACAAGAGGCCGUACAUGAUCAAGAUCACGUCCGACUGGUGCUUCAGCUGCAUCCACAUUGAGCCUGUGUGGAAGGAGGUGGUGCAGGAGCUGGAGAACCUAGGUGUUGGAAUCGGUGUGGUGGAUGUUGGCAAUGAGAGGCGUUUGGCUAACCACCUCGGCGCUCACCGCACUCCGUCGAUCCUCGGCGUCAUCAAUGGGAAGGUGACGUUCUUCCAUUAUGCUGUAGCCAGAGAGCACCUGAGACAGUUUGUGGAGGAUCUUCUUCCUCAGCGACUUGUGGAAAGGAUCAGUGACAGCAACAAUGAGCAAUUCUUGAAGGGCUGGCAUGAGCUCAACAAGCCCCACGUGCUUCUUUUUGACCAAGUGCCUGCAGUUCCGCUGCUCUACAAACUCACAGCUUUUGCCUAUAAAGACUACAUGAACUUCGGCUACGUGGAUCAGGGCUUGACCGAGACCGUCAACUUGCAGAAGCAGUUCAAUAUCAACACAUAUGCGCCGACCUUGUUGGUUUUUAAAGAGAAUAUCGACAAGCCUGCUGAUAUCAUACAGGCGAAAGGAAUGAAGAAGCAGAUCAUCGACGAGUUUAUGUCCAACAACAAAUUCCUUUUCGCGCCGAGGCUGGUAAAUCAGAAAGUCUUCGAUGAGCUCUGCCCCGUCAAGCAGUUCCAUAGAAGAAGGAAAUACUGCGUCCUGCUGAUCACCGGCGAAGAGGAAAACUUCACUGCUGGAAACCUGGAAUUCCUGUCGUUUGCUACUGUGAACGUCAGGGAUGUGGUGAGGUUCGCUUAUGUGUACCAGCGACUGCAGCAACCGCUGUGCAACACACUGAUGCAGGGCAAGGACAGCGCUCAGUUCCACUCACAGGUGUUCAUCCUGGAGCGACGCAAUGCUGCGGGGAAAGCUUUUUUCAAGCCAGUGACUGCUUGGAAUGGCAGUGAAGAGGAGAAGCAACUUCUUCUGGAGGAGCUGAAUCGGCUUCACAAAGACCCUUCCAUUCUUGUCCAUGAUGCCAUGUUGCCUGAGCUCAACAACGAGUUUGCUGCUAUGUUUCUAGUCCGAUGGAUUUAUGCUUCAUAUAAUUACCUCUCAGAAGUCAUCGAUGACAUCCUACACAAUAACUGGCGCGACAUGAUGCCGCUCUUAUCCCUCAUCUUCUCAGCCUUAUUUAUCUUGUUUGGAACGGUGGUCAUCCAGGCCUUCAGCGACUCCAGUGAAGAUAAACUGACAAAACCAAAAGCUGGGGUGAAGACUGAGAAUGAGUCUGGAGCUGGAACAGGCCGCCCUCCAAAAAAGAACUUUGUGGAGGUGACCGAGCUCACUGACAUCACUUAUAUAAGCAACCUGGUGAAGCUCCGACCGGGACACAUGAAUAUUGUGCUGGUGCUCACCGACGCCACCAAGAACAUCCUGCUGAGCAAGUUUGCCAAAGAGGUCUACUCUUUCACAGGGAGUCUGACGCUCCAUUUCUCCUUCCUCAAUAUUGACAAGCACAUUAAGUGGAUGAGCAUGCUGCUGGAGCACGCCCCAGACUGUGCACAGGUGGAUGCCGACGAGGAUGCUGGGAGCAACCCCAAGACGGACUACACCGGCUUUGUCAUGGCUCUUAAUGGCUACAAAAAGUAUUUCUGUCUCUUUAAGCCUGUCUACACGGGUGAAGACCUCGACGGCAAGUCGCCCGAGGAUGAUGGAGCGAGGUUGAAGCCUCACUCGUCGAGCAAAUCCAGCCGGUCCCGGAACAUAUCCACUCUGCAGAUACAUCACAAACUGGAUCGACUCGGGUUGUGGAUGGAGAGGCUGAUGGAGGGGACUUUGCCUCGGUACUACAUCCCGGCUUGGCCAGGACUCGACAUGAUCACUUCACCGAAAUGAACGGAUGAGAGGUGUUGUUUUGAAGACGUCCGGAGUGCAGCCGCCGCUGCACUAGUGUAGCAUCAUCUGCAGUAGCAUCGCAUGCUUUUUGCUGUGUGAGCAGAAACAGGUCACUGUGGACUUAAUAAGCACAUUAAAAAAAGAUCCUAGUCAUUUAUAAAACUGUGAAAAAGGAGAUGCAUGUCUCUGAAUGUCCCUGCCUUUUUACUGUACUACUGGCUUGUGCAAUACAGUCAUGACAUGACUCUGUAUCCCUCCUGUCUUGAAUGACACUUGGAGCCAAGUGAAAGGAACGUGGUUGGACUGUAGCCUGAUUUCCGUUUUGUUAUGUUGAUAUUGUUCGUGUGAAUAGCUCUGAAUAGACAUUAUUAUUAUUAUUAAUGUAAAUGGAGGUAGGUAGCACACUAAAUCACUUUAAUGUUCUAUUAACGUGUCUGUUUUACAAGUUUUCCUAACACGUUUUCUUGUACUUCAAUUUCUAUCAUCGAUAUCUUUGUGGGUGACAACAGUUGAACUGUUAUUGAUGGGGCCUCUUCUUCAGGGCUGCAUGGUGACCAUGAAGAAAACAGCUGAGAUGGUUUCUGUAAAAAUAAACUGUUUUGAAAAAGA